UGUGUGUGUGUUUGUGUGUGCUCCUCCCCAUGCACUAUAUCGUGUUUCCGUCCAUCUCUCCGUCUCAGCCUCUCCCUGCUGCAGUGUUUUAUCUGUGACCUUCUGCUAAAGAGCAUGCAGGCCUUUGUCCCCAGUUCCAGACUUCACCUUACACCAGUCAGAGAUGAAGAAGCAGAAUCUCAAAGAAGGGCAAAAUCUCGUCAUGCAAGACAGACCCGCAGGUCAACGCAGGGUGUGACUCUGACUGACCUGAAAGAGGCUCAGAAGAUCAGCAGCCGUUCUGAGGAAGAUCUGCUGGAAGACAAAGACGAGAAUAACUCAACAGAAGCCAAAAUAAUCUCAAGAUGGAGCAACACUGAUGAGCAGGGGAAUAUUAGAGCCAUGUUACAAAGUGUGGCUGAGUUCACUGAAGCCCCUGGUCGGCCAUCACCCUCCAUCGCGAGCGUCAACUUCUUCAGAGCUGGUGGGGGACGGUGGAAAGAUGAAAACCAGAACCCACUGGAAGAAGAAGAACAUUUUACAUUCAGCACAAUAGUCAGAGGCAGACGACGUGUUUGGGAUGGACAUGAAGAAUGUGAGGACACAGUUGCAGAGCAUGACAGACUGUCAAGGUAUGACUCCAGUGGAGAUAAUGUGGCAGACAAAUUGGGGCGGACCAGCUCCUACACCCGCAGAGAGACCAGACUGGCUUCUCUGAGUAAGCAGGAGCAAGACACUACAAGCAAAGACUAUAAGAAGAUGUACGCAGAAGCACUACACGAGAAUGAGCGCCUUAAGUCUAGGCUGCAGGACAGCAAACAAGAACUUGUCAACAUUCGUUCCCAGUUGGAGAAAGUAACUCAGAGGCAAGACAGGAUGUCGGAGAAAUCUACUCAGGUUGAAGCUGAGAAAAAGGAGAAACAGGCCCUCGAGAAGAGAGUGUCAGGCAUGGAAGACGAGAUAAAGACUUUCCCCGCUCUGGCUCAGGUACAGGCCUUGCGGAGCAUCAACGAACGUCUCCUGGCCGAGAACAGAGCCUUGCUGCGCGCCCUGUCCAACCUCUCGGAGACAGCCUCUGUGCCGGAGACAGAGGACCUCUGAAUUCACCUCUUCUCCUUUCAAGCCUCCUCCUUCUCCUCCUCUUCCUCCUGCCCCAUUUCUCUGCACAACCAUCCUUCUGGUGCCUCUAUAACCCGCUCUUCCUCCACUGUGCUCCUCUCAGGUCUUAACAGAGCUCAAGGCGGACAACCAGAGGCUAAAGGAUGAGAACGGUGCGCUCAUUCGGGUCAUCAGCAAACUGUCUAAAUGAAAGAAUAUGCUGGCUUGCAGUUAUUCACCAUGAGGUCACAUUUCGUACUUCCUGUCUGGUGGAUCUAAAUUUCCAAAUUUGUGAUGGAUGCUGGUGUUAUAAUAAAUAAUAACAAUUA